AUGAUCACCCGAUUAGAACAGAGAUGCAAUGUUCUGACUGCAGCUAUAGAACGAAACGACAAGGGAAAAGCAUCCUUAGUCGAAAAUCUUUUACAAAAAACCACCUCUCCAUUCACCGAGGAUGUGGCCAACAUUCGUCUUCCCGAGAAAUUUAAAAUCCCAGAGAUCAUGUUCUAUACAGGCCUUGAAGAUCCUGUGGAGCAUCUGGAUAAUUUCCGCGCCCACAUGGAUCUACACCGAACACCCGAGAUGGUAGCUUGUCGAGCCUUCCCUCUGACCCUCUCGGGUAAUGCCCGCGAUUGGUUUAGGAAGCUUCCUCCAAACUCCAUCCGUCACUUUGAUGACCUCGGAAGGAUGUUCCUAACGCAGUUCAUGGCCGGAAGGGUUAGAAGGAAGCCAUCCAGAUCCUUGAUGUCAUUGCACCACGGACCCGAGGAGUCUCUCAGAAACUUUUUCUUUAGAUUCAACCAGGCGAGGCUCGAAGUUGAGACAGCAACCGACGACUUCAUAUAUGGAGCCCUCUUCCAGGGAAUUCGGAAAGUUAGGGCUCUUAUGGCUGAUAUAGCCCGAAAGCCUCCACAGAAUCUAGACGGCUUCAUGAGUAAAGCCGAGAAGUACAUCAACCAAGAGGAAACGGUCCUAGCCCUACUAGGAUCCGACCAGAAUCGUCCUUCCACCACCGAGCAGAAAAAGAAGAAAAAGGAUCCUAGGAAAGAAGGGCGCAAGCGUGUUCCGAAAGAGGAGGAGGCUAGGCCAAAGCGAGAUCAGGAGUUGUUAAGGGGUCGCAACUAG